UAUAUUCCAUAAUCCCCUCCAAGAUCUCAGAAAGUCAAGAGCAAAGGGGAAAAACAUGGCUCUGCAAUGUUGUUAAGAAAUUCGAAGCAGUUCAAUGUUUCGCAUUUAAUUCGUUGUCUAUUGUAGAGAAGAAAGUUUAUAUUUUUUGUGGGUUCAAAAUCUUUUUUUAAGUAAACGUUCUGUAAAAGUGAUAACCAAAAUUAAAACGGAAGGUGGAAUACGAACGAGAGCAAGAGCGAGAGAGCGAAAGAACGAGAACGAGAGAGAGAGGGAGAGAGAGAGAGAGAGAGAGAAAAUGUGUUCGAUCAAGACGAGUCAUUGUAAAUGUCAUGAAUUUUUCAACUGGGAAUGAUUUACGAAUUAACGAAAAGAGGAAUUUUCGUAGGAUUUAUCUUGAUAGGAAUUAAUAUCAAUCGGCAAUUAUAUCUUGAAGAAUACAGAUCGCUCUUUCUACAAGUUUUUGGUUUAGAAAUUUGAUAAUUAUAUUAUAGAAUUUAUAUAUUUAAAUCUUUGGUGUUGUAAGUCUGUGGCAUUUCUGUUGAUCGUGUAAAAGAAUGUCACUAAAGCCUAAACGAGUUGACUUUACUCAGACAUGGGAAGCAUUACAAGAAACUGUAAAGUGUGUAAUAACAUUAUCAUAUGUUCCACGUGCAACAUGGUAUGAUAGAUUCAGUGAUGUGUAUUCAUUAUGUGUGGCAUAUCCAGAACCACUUGCUGAUCAAUUGUAUUGUGAGACAAAAAGGUUUUUAGACAAUCAUGUCUUCCAGUUGUUAACAAAAGUUCGUGCUCAAGGUGAAUCUAGUUUGCUGCAGGCAUAUCAUCAAGCCUGGACAGAAUAUUCACAGGGCAUUAACUAUUUGCAUCGCUUGUACUUAUAUUUGAAUCAACAACAUAUUAAAAAGCAAAAGCUUUCGGAGGCAGAACUGAUUUAUGGCAUGUCUUCCGCUACAGUUGUUGAUUGCCAAGAGCAAAUGGAAAUAGGAGAGUUAGGUUUAGAUAUCUGGAAAACAAGAAUGAUUACACCAUUAAGAAAACAACUUGUCUCUUUAUUGUUAGAAAAUAUUCAUGCGGAUAGAGUUGGCACAUCUCCCACAGCAAGUACAGAAGUUAUUUGUGGUGUAAUACAGAGUUUUGUUCGAGUUGAAGAAUAUAAAAUGAAGGGACAAGUAGAUAUGUAUCAAGAAAUUUUUGAAACACCUUUCCUUGAGGCUAGUGGAGACUUUUAUAUGAGGGAAGCAGCCGAAUUGUUUCAACAAUCGGAUGUCACGCAUUACAUGGAAAGAGUGACGUGGCGACUUAUUCAGGAGGAACUGCGUGCCCAUAAGUUUCUUCAUGCAAGCUCUGUGCCUAAAGUGAGACAAUGCUGUGAAGAAAAAAUGAUAGCUACGCAUGUAGCGUGGCUACAUUCAGAAGGAAAAAAUAUGAUAGAUAAUGAACGUAAAAGGGAUUUAAGCCUUUUGUAUCCAUUAUUGAGGCCGUUACCGUCAGGUUUGGCAGCUCUUGUACAAAAAUUUACGCAGCACAUUACUCAGCAAGGAUUACAGGCAAUUGGGUCUUUACAGGGAGAAAAUAUACAUACGCAAUUCGUGGAAACCAUGCUGGAGGUGCAUCGUAAAUAUUCGGAAUUGAUUAAAGAUGUGUUCAGAGGCGAUCAAGCUUUCGUAACUGCUCUCGAUAAAGCAUGUUCAGUGGUCGUGAAUCAUAGGCCUGUUCCACGGCAGCCAGCUAGAGCGCCUGAAUUACUUGCUAAAUAUUGUGAUUCCCUGUUAAAAAAAUCUGCCAAGGCUGCGUCAGAAGGAGAAGUAGAAGAAAAAUUAGCACAUUGUAUUACUGUGUUCAAAUACGUUGAUGAUAAGGAUGUUUUCCAGAAGUUUUAUGCACGAAUGUUGGCGAAGAGAUUAAUACACCAGCAAUCGCAGUCGAUGGAUGCCGAAGAAUCCAUGAUUGACCGUUUAAAACAAGCUUGUGGCUAUGAAUUCACGAAUAAGUUACAUCGAAUGUUCACCGACAUGUCAGUUUCAGCAGAUUUAAACGCCAAGUUUACAACGAGCUUACGAGAAGGUGAUAGAGAAAAUCAAUUAGGCAUAGGUUUUGUGGUAUAUGUGCUACAAGCAGGAGCUUGGCCAUUAGGUUUACCACCAUCUUCAGGACCUUUCGAUAUUCCUCAACAAUUAGAAAAAUCUAUACAAGCGUUCGAAACUUUCUAUCAUGCGCAAUUUAAUGGGCGAAAACUUACUUGGUUGCAUCAUCUUUGUCAAGGUGAACUCAAGUUUAAUUACUUAAAAAAACCCUAUUUGGUCACUGUACAGACUUACCAAAUGGCACUGUUGCUUCUUUUCGAGCAUUGUGAUUCGAUACAAUGUAGAGAAGCCGCCGCAUCAUUACGCUUAUCACACGAUCAAUUAGUUAAACAUGCAACUAGUUUGGUUGAUUGUAAAAUUUUAAAAAAGUCAACGGACGGAGAAUUAGAAGAAGAUACAAUUUUGUCGCUCAAUUUCGAUUAUUAUAACAAAAGAACGAAAUUUCGUAUAACUGGUACACUACAACGGGAUGUACCGCACGAAUGUCACGAUGUUGAAACUACACAUCGGAGUGUCGACGAUGACAGAAAAUUGUACCUGCAAGCAGCUAUAGUUCGUAUUAUGAAGAGUCGUAAGGUUUUGAGACACAAUCAACUAGUACAAGAGGUACUAAGUCAAUCUAAGGUUACAUUUGCACCAUCAAUCAGCAUGAUCAAAAAAUGUAUCGAAGCUCUUAUAGAUAAGCAAUAUAUCGAACGUACGCCAAAUAAUGCAGAUGAGUAUUCGUACGUCGCAUGAUUUUAUCGUACCAUCUGACACAAUCAUUAAUUUAUUUUAUUCAGGGUGCUUUGUGAUCAUUCAUAACACGAUAGUUUUUGCUAACAUUUCAAUAAAACGAUUAACUAUAUUAAAUUUUAUUUGAGUAAGUUUAUCAAACUUGUUUUUGUGGAAACAAAAGAUAUCUUUCAUUUAAACCUGAAUCUUACUUGAAAGAUCAAAUAAAGCAUCCUGAACUGCUUUAUUGCCCCUAAAUCAAUCGAUUAAUAACUUAGUUGAUUCAAUGACUUGUAAUAUAUGUGCACGGAAUAAAGAUGAUGUUACUAUUUUA